UUUCCAUGUCUUCUGUAAAGUAACAAUCUAAGUGGGUAAAUGAAUUUUACUAAAAACUAAAACCCUUUUUUCUGAGAUGGCAGUAGUUAAAGAUAGGUUAUAAUAAGGUUAUAACGUAAACAUUUUGAAGAAAAAACUAACAAAAUGAGUGGUAAUAUUGAAAUACCCGCAGAAGUACCUCCCGAAAUAACUUCAACUGACGAAACGAGUUUAUUGGUGAUUAUUAUGGACACUAAUCCGGGCCAAAAAAUGCUUCGAGAUAAUCCGCAUGUAUUAACCCAUUGUGUGGAGUCUGUGAUAGCUUUCGCAAACUCGCACCUUAUGCAGAAAUCUCAAAAUAAACUCGCCAUUAUGGCAUGUCAUUCUAAAACAAGCCGCUUCAUUUUCCCUGGUCCUGGAAAGUCUUCAGAUGUUAGGCAAGUGGAUGGGCAGUAUGAAGUCUUCACAAAUGUAGAAAAGACAACAAAGCAUAAUUUAGCCGAGCUCAUGACCAAGGAACACUCAGCCUCCAUUACAGAAUCUCUUAUAGCAGGUACAAUUGCUAUGGCUUUGUGUUAUAUUGCCAGGCUCCAAAGAACAAAGCCCCCCGGUGCAAAGCUAAAUAGUCGCAUAUUAGUUGUCACAGGUAGCGGAUGUUCAGCCUCUCAGUAUAUGAAUUAUAUGAAUGUAUUCUUCACUGCUCAAAAAUUGAAUGUAGUGAUUGAUGUAUGUGCACUGGACCAACACCUGAGUUUGUUGCAACAGGGAUGUGAUAUCACCAAUGGUUUGUACCUCAAGGUCCCCCAGUUGCAAGGGCUGCUGCAGUAUUUGCUUUGGGUUUUUCUACCAGAACCUCCUGUUAGAGAAAAGCUGGUAUUACCUCCUCCGGUUAAAGUAGAUUAUAGAGCAGCUUGUUUUUGUCAUAGAGAACUCAUUGAUAUAGGAUAUGUUUGUUCGGUUUGUCUUUCAAUUUUCUGCAAAUUCAGUCCUAUAUGCACAACAUGCCACACUGUUUUCAAAAUGCCUGCUCCUCUUGCUGGAAAAUCAAAAAAGAAGAAGAAGCUUUAAAGUUAUAUAUUUCAUUUAUGACAAUAAAUAUAUUUUUUUAAUUCAA